AUGGCGAAGGGCAAAGGCUUCAAGGGCCUUGGCAAAGGGAAGGGCAAGGUAGAGAGCUACAGCUACAACUACAAGACUGAGAUUUGCACAUUCUUUGAGCAUGGCAAAUGUGUCAAGGGUCCCACGUGCCCCUUCGCCCAUGGGGAGCAUGAAUUGAGAGGUGGUGCUCCAGAGGUUAGAGAUCAGGGCAAGCAAAAGGAUGCGGAGGUGAUGUGCUGGCUCAAGGAGCAGAGGGAACAGGGUGGCGUUGCUGCAGAAGACUUUGAGAAGAGAUGGAAGGCCUGGUGCAAAGUGCAUCGGCUCUCCGAGGUCUCCAAGAGCGAGCGGAUCAAAAGCAUCCACGCUUUCCGAGCGGACGUCGAGAAAGAGGAGCUGUUUCUGGAGGAAUUGCCUCCCCCGCCUCCUCCACCCAAGAAAGGCACAGACUCGCAUCCCGCUGCCACGCGCGACGCGCAUCCAGUGCAAUCAGUGCCAAAGCCGCGCUUGGUGGAGGAACCUGACACUGCGCGGUGUCCUCUUGGACACGAACUGAAGGAAGCGCACUGCAGCCCAGAGCAGGAGUUUGAGUGUGACUUGUGUGGUGCAGAAAUCAUCAAUGGAGCUACCAUCUUUGACUGUCGCGAGUGUGACUAUACCCUUUGCAGCAGUUGCAGGGGCAGCAAGAGCGGCAAGAGCCCAGCAGUCCCAGCGGCAGUUGCCGAAGACACCCAAGGAACUACAGGUGGCCAGCCUCGGACUGCGGACAAGGACCCCAAAGAGAAAGUGGUCCGAUGUCCUAAGGGCUGCGUGCUGAAAGAGGUAGUUUGCCUUGAAGGAGAGGAGUUUACCUGCGAUGGGUGCCCACAGGCCAUGGCUGGUGGUGCCACCAUCUAUGACUGUAGGGACUGCGACUACUGCCUUUGUGUCCAGUGCUUCGAUGAUGCUGCAGAAUCAGAAGAGACGGACGAUUUCCCUGAUCGGGCUUGGGAAGAUGGCCUUGGGCUUUUGCGAGAAAAAAUCGGGAACAUUGCUAGGAGCUUGAAACUCGACGAGCCGCAAAAGCCCUCUCCGGAACUCCUGAGUGAGUGUCGCACACGAUGCUCCACCAUGAUAGGGUUAGCGCUUUUCGCUGGAUCAGUGGACAGCAUCGUGCGCACCUGCCUGGGUGAUCAAAACCUCAGUGCCGUGGGUUCCCUGCUGCAGCUGCGUCAGGUCUUCAAACGAGACUGGGAGAAGGCGGACCUCGCCAGAUCAUGUCUGGAAGCGCUGUUGAAGAGCAAGGGAGCGAGGCCGGCCAGCUCCGCCUGUGAAGCCAUGAUCGACUUCGUGUGCUUCGUGGGUUUGAGUCACUUCGUCGCGGUGGGCGUCACCCGAUCCUUCGAGCCCUCCGAGCCGACGGAAGGCCCAUGCGCCGUGGACGAUGAACCAGAGGAGGAGUCUGAAGAGGCUGCUCGGGCGCGACGGGUGGAGGCGCAACAGCAGAAGAAGUCCACCCGACGCUGGGACUACACUGGUGGUUAUCGCCCGGUUGAGCCUGAGAGCAACGAGCAGGCCACCCUUCGAUUGAUCAACGCGAGAGGGAACAACUUGAAGCCGAAGGCGGCAGAAGAUGAGCGCCAAGCAGAACACCAAGGCCCAGAAGAUGGCUCCAAGACAAAGACGCUCUACAAGCGGCAUUUGUGCCUUUACUUUGAGCGUGGGCAUUGCGAGAAGGGCCUUCACUGCACCUUUGCCCAUGGACUCGACGAGCUGCGGGACCCACGGGAGGAUCGAGCCAGGCCUUCCGCUGCUGAGCCGGAAGGCAAGCGCACACAAGAGAUGCCUCGGCGCUUCAAGCGGGACUUGUGCGUUUACUGGCAGCAGGGUACCUGCCAGAAGGGCAGCGCCUGUACCUUCGCACACGGCAGUGAAGAGCUGGUGGACUCGCGCUCCAACGGCAUUGCUGUGCACCAGGGCCCUUCGUGGGAGACGGGCCCCAUGGGCUUUCGGCCCGAGGAACGCCGUGGCGCCAACUCCAAGCCGACCCGAAAAAUGAUCUGA